CACAAAACAGAACCAUAUAAAAUAGAACUAUCCAAACCUAAUUUAAAAUGGGCGCCAACAACAAGACUUCGAUAAAUUUGAACUCAGUGCUCCACAAUAACUAAAUGGGAAUAACUAUGGAAAAUGCAUAGCUCGCUCGCCUCCCGGUUGGUAGUGCGUCUCCUGCUGCUGUUCGUCCUGGUCAGCGUCGUGUCCAUUGUGAUACUGACCAAAUGCGGCUUUGAGGAGCUCACGGCUCAGGAGGCGCUGCAUCAUCAUCCCAGCGAGGCCAACGGCCCCAGCUAUGUCCUGGGCGGGGACCAGGAGGCGGAGAUUGAGCGACUGAAGCAUGAGGUGCUUACCCUGCGCGCUCAGAUCGUCAUCCUUCAGAACAAUCGGAGUGGCCACAGCGGCGUGGCCUCGAAUGGCAGCAGCCUCCACCUGCCGGAGACAACUGUGGGGACGGCCUUGCCGCCCCUGUCCCACCACUACGACUGCAGCAGCUACAUCCGGAAGCAGGUAGGCGCCGCCGAGAUCCUGCACGGGCUGCCCCUGAACAACGAGUACGAGCUGAUUCCGUUCAACCACUUCACCUUCACCCGCGUAUUCCCCAUCGACCUGGGCCUGGGCAAGCGGGUGGUGGAGAAGCCCAUUGGCUAUCGGCGGCGUGACCUCAUUGGGGCGGUCAACAAGGCGCUGGAAAGCCUCAACCGCAAUCACUCGGCCCGAGUGCGCGCCAAGGCUGCGGGAGUGCCAGUGGCAGUGGCGGGAGUUGGAACGAUAGCAGGCGGCGGCGGAGCUGCGCAGGAUGUGAUCAAGUACACGCUGGACGACUUCAUCGAGGGCAUAUACCGCACCGAGCCCACGACGGGCACCCAGUACGAGCUGUACUUCCAGAGCGUCAAGCAUCAGACGAGUCCUGUGCGCAGGGCGCUGGUUAUGCGCCCGUUCGCCCCCCUGCAGACGGUGCAGUUGUCGGAGACUCCGGCCAGCCGCAGCCCCAGCUCCAAUCCGGCCGUAAUCCAUGUGAUAGUGCCGCUGGCCGGGCGCCUGCACAGCUUUCGCAGUUUCCUGCAGAUGUUCGCCAGUCUCGCGGAUCGGCAUCUGGAGCUGAUCGUGGUCUACUUCGGGGAGAGUGGACUGGCGCAGGCCAGGCGGAUGGCCGAGUUGUCGGAGAGGACGCAGUUCCUCGCUCUGAACGAGACCUUCAGCAGGGCCAAGGCGCUGAGGCUGGGGGCAGAGCACAUUGUCUCGCCAUCGCCAUCGGAGGAUGUGCUGCUCUUCAUGUGCGACGUGGACAUCAUGUUCACGGCCAGGUUCCUGGAACGCUGUCGCUGGAAUGCCGCGCCCGGCAAGAAGGUGUACUAUCCGGUGGUCUUCAGCCUGUACAACCCGCACGUGGUGUACACGCUGCAGGGCAAGCCGCUGCCCAGCGACGAGGAGCAGCUGGUCAUCUCCAAGGACACGGGCUUCUGGAGGGACUUUGGCUAUGGGAUGACCUGCCAGUACCGCUCGAACUUCCUGCAGAUACGCGGCUUCGACGAGGAGGAGAUCGUCGGCUGGGGCGGCGAGGAUGUGAUGCUCUACCGCAAGUACAUUCGGUCCAAGAUCAAGAUCAUCCGGGCCACCGAUCCGGGCAUCUUUCACCGCUGGCACACCAAGGUGUGUGCCAGCUCGCUAACUGCGGAUCAGUAUCGCGCCUGCAUUCGUUCGCGGGCGCUGAACGAGGCCUCGCACGCCCAGCUCGGCUUCCUGGCCUUCCGGGAUGACAUAGCCGCCGCCAAUGCGGCCAAGCUGCACUCGUGAUACAUCUACAUUUUUCAAGCGAUUUCCCUAGCCCUGGGCCUGAUCAAUCUGUGGCCUACACUCUGAAACACUCUCUAAUAUCCCAUAUUUGAAGGGAUAUAAAUCCACGAGUUGUAUCGUCUGUUGCUGCUCAUCCAGCAUAAGUACUUAUGGGCUCGAGAAUGCUUCCUUCUCUGCGUGUCCCUAAUUAAUUAUUUUCAGAGUGUAGGCAGACAGACGCACACAUGAAUACAAAAUACAUACGUAAAACUGGAGACAAUAACUCGUAUUUAGCGGAAUCGUUGACUUAGCUUAAUUGUUGAUCUUGUUGCGCCCUCGAGAGUGCCACACACACACACACACCACACACACACACACACACAACAAACAACACACCACACACAAACACACAUCACAAAUUGUUCUUCCAUGAAGCAAAUUAGAUGCAAUCCCCAAAGCAAAGCCCAAGAUAUUUACCAUAUCGAAUCUGUAACUCAUGUGCUAUGUAUGUACUUCAAACUGAGCCUAACAAAUCUGACAGAGUGCUGCGCGCUUUGUAAAAACUAAAUUAAAUCGUUUAAUUAAACUUGUCGCCUGGU